AUGCUUUCUGAAAUGCCGGAUCUUAUCUCCGCUCCUAUUUUAUAUCCGUCAACUGAACAGUUUAAUAAUCCUAUUCUCUACUUGAGUGAGCCUGAGAAUGUUGCUCUGGGAAAAAAAUUUGGUAUUUUGAAGAUAGUCCCCCCAAAGAACUGGAAGCCGCCCUUGAGUAUCAACAUGAAAACUUUUAAAUUUAUUACGAGGCUUCAACGGUUGAGCGAGUUGAACAUCAAGAAUAGAUACAAGAUCGAAUGGCUUAAAGGCUACAAUAAUUAUAUGAAAAUGAAUCAUAAGAGAGUUAACAAGGAGGGAUUUGUCUACAUCUCUGGCAAACCUGUACAUUUGUAUGACUUGUAUCUGGAUAGGUGUAACCUAGAAAACUACGAUCAGCUCAACCGUCAAGAUUUGAGCAAUCUGAAAGAAUAUAUCGGCUUUUUGGAAUCGAAGGGUUACAAAAAUUCUGAGGCCGCCCAAGAUGAAAAGGGGUCUUGUGGUGUUUGCCAUUUGGAUGAUGAUCCGACGAGGCUUCUUCUCUGUGAUGAGUGUGAUACCGAGAUACAUAUGAGAUGUCUCGAUCCCCCCUUGUUGGAUAUUCCUGAAGGACUUUGGUUUUGUGAUCAAUGUUUGAACGGAGGUUCGGCAUCUUAUGGAUUUGAAGAAGACCAUGACUCUGUUUUCACACUGGCUGAGUUUUUUCAGCACUGUAAGGGGUUUGAAAGGGACUACUUUUUGAAGUAUUAUGAAGGUUUUCAACCUUCAAAGAAAGAACUGGAGGCAGAGUUUUGGAGGCUUGUUGAGGACAGUGAUGCUAAUGUAGAGGUAAGGUACGGUGCAGAUAUUCACAAAAAUCAACCUGGAGAAAUUUCUGGAUUUCCAGUACAUGACCCUAGAAAUGAAACAAAGCUGGAGCCUUCGGCUGAAUCGUACUGCGAGCACCCAUUUAAUUUGACUAACCUUCCUUUUGCAAAAGGAUCACUAUUGAGAUACAUUCAAGAUGAAAAAAUUUCUGGAAUGACUGUUCCCUGGAUAUACGUCGGAUCUUUGUUUUCUACCUUCUGCUGGCAUAAAGAGGAUCAUUACACUUUUUCCUGCAAUUAUUGUCAUAUUGGAUCAUCCAAGAAGUGGUACGGCAUUCCAGAGAGCGAUGCGAAGUUGUUUGAAGAUGUGUUCAAUAAGUAUGUGCCAGACUAUUUUGAGAAGCAACCAGAUUUGUUGCACCAAUUAGUAUCUCUGCUAUCACCUAAACAGCUAAAAGAGCUGUCCAUGAAAUACUUUGGCAAGGAACUGCAGAUUGUUUAUGCUGAUCAGAAUCCAAAUGAAUUCAUAAUAACAUUUCCUGAAGUUUACCACAGUGGGUUCAACUGUGGAUUUAACUUCAAUGAGGCGGUCAACUUCACUACACCUUAUUGGGUUCCUUUUGGAGCUAAAUCUAUCUCAGACUAUCAACUUGUGCAAAAGGAGAAUGUUUUUAAUUAUACCAAUCUAAUGAAGAAGAUUUUGAAUGAUUUCGAACACAUUUCUACAGUUGAGGACCUAAAUGCCAAGGAACUUCAGUACAGUUUUUCGUGCAAAGACAUUGCCCAUGGGCAAUACAUGAACAUGGUGAGAAGAGCAUUAGAGUACUAUUCGAAAGAUUGGUUGGCUAAGAAGGAUAAGUACAAUGCAAUAUCCAGAAAGUACAAGUUCAUCGGAACUAUUCCACAAGACAUUUUUGUGAAAGAUAAGACAAGAAAAAGAAACAACGAUCUUUUGUGCGACAAAUGCAAAACUUCUAUUAAUUUUAUUUGGGUAGAGUUGGGGGUAAAUCCAGCACGAGCGGCCUUACUGACCCCAGAGUCUACUCCGAAUGCAAGUUAUGACAGAGAGUCUGAAUUCAGAAAGAUUGUUGAAGAGGCCAAGUCAACACCGUUGGGACUAGGCAUAAAGCGUGAAGCUGAUCAACAGGAACAUGAUAGUAGUGAAGAAAAAUCGAAAAGAAGAAGAUCCAGAAGGCUAGCCAAAGAAAAAGGACGAGACUUCGAAGACCACCACCAGAUUCCGGGGAAGCAAACAGAAGAACAAAAAUUAGUGAGAAUGCUGUUAUCAACUGAAAGAAACAACAAGAGGAGGAAUGGAAGAAUAGUUCUUUGUCUGGAAGACUUUACGAAGUUCAUAUUAGAAUCGGUGAAUGACUCCCAUGCCAUCAUACAGCGUUGUCUAGUUGUGCGGGACACCCAAGAUGACGAAGAGAUCAAUAAAUGGAUCGGAAAUAUUUCCACGAAGAUCACCAUUUUGGAAACAAACAGUUGA